AUGCCACACUCACCAUUACUACCAGAGCCCUUCAAUAUUUCACAGAGAAGAACUCAAGAACCUAUAGAAAUUAUCGACGUUGACUCCUUUGAAUCUCCCGUCCGGCCUUCUCCACGGAGACAACCAGACGGCCCCGCUGAAGUCAUUGAAAUUCUGGAUAGCGAUGAGGAGACAAGCGGGCCUUCCACUUCCAAUAGCCAAAGCUCGUUCUCUGGUUCUGUCAACCACGUUCGGCGCUCCGGAGCUCGCGUCAGGCUUCGUGAUCUACUCUCGCCAUCGCCUCCACCAUUCCAAUUUGACCAUGUUCCGCCUGUUCCGCCGCUACCUCGACAUUACUCUCAGUAUGCUGCUAUGCCACCACGUCGAAGACCAAAUCGUGUUCAAUCACCAUCAUCAACUCUUGAAGGGUCUUCUCGUGUACCCGCGCCAAUACGCCCAGUUUCCGAUCCUUUCAUAGUUGAUCUUUCGUCAUCUCCGCCUCCCAAUGAACGCGUUUCCCCUGAACAAGACAUCAUCCAGCCAGCAGCCAGGGCACGGCACAAUCCUCCUAUGGGAUUUGGGGGUGCCCUCAUUAGCUCAAACAAUGCUCGUCAGGCUGCUGAUCGGCUCGUGCGUCAACAAAGAAUGGAACGGCGCUUAGCUGGGGGACGAGUAGCUCCAAUCGUUGCUGGUGGUAGCAAUAUCAGGCCUCCUCACCGGGACAAUAACAAUACCGGUUUUAUGGGUCGUCUUGCACAAAUGAAUCCUUUCCGAUGGGGAGGAGUAGACGACGAACCACUCAACCAAAUUGACUACAUCACUCUCGCUCAACCUCGUGAUCCUCGAGCCCGUGGCGAUGCCGAUCUUGCUCUUGACCUUCUUCUUGAAGACCAAGGGGAGGAAAUUCUGUCGCUCGGAGAACGUUUCAUGCGGUAUGUGCAUCCAAACGCAAGGCGUUGGAGGCCAGACGGUCAAGAGCCCAUCGAGGAGCCAUACAAACAAGCAUAUACCCAUCCGGCUCGAGCAGAACCUGGUUUUGUGUUUGAUUUCGAGCCCAGUGAAAUUGUUCCCGCGUCCGAAACCAGCAAGGGCAAAGGGAAGCAGGUGGUCAUUGAUGUCGAUGCUCUUGAGUCAUCAAGUAAAGGCAAAUUAGACGCGCUUCUCGUCUGUGCCCGUUGUUUGGAUCCCCUCUUUUUGCGUUCUGAUGGUGUGGUCGACGGCGGAGAAGAGGAGACCAGGCGGCGCAGGCUUUGGGGGCUCAGAUGUGGACAUGUACUGGAUGGAAAGUGCAUAGAGGAAUUGUGGCGCCCCUCGACAGAGGCAACGGUCAAUGCUCUUGCCAACGGACCCGACAGUAAAGGAAACGCCCCAUCCGAAGACGUCAUGGAAGAUGAUGAAGCCAACCCUCGCAGCGACGAUGAAAGCGAUGGUGCAGGGGACCUUAUUCCUACAAACCCAAUUCGAGGGCGGUUGCGAAGUGCUGGCGCCGUUUUGGGAGUAUUUCCUGUUGCACCAAGAAGCCUUCGUCCGAUGCAACAACAAACACCUCAGCCGACUAGGGUACCGAGAGGUCGUGCAACAACUACAAGGGGACGAGGGAAGGGUAAACGGGCGAGGCGAUCAACUCGUGUGUCAGUGAUCCAGGACAGAUUCGAAUGGACCUGUCCAGUUGCCGGAUGUGGCCGCAUCCAUGUCAGUGAGAAAGUCGAUGGAGUAUGGGGUCCACCUGGACCAGAAGUUCGCCGAGGAAGAAACGAAGGGGAUGUCAACAGUGGACCUAUUGGGAUGUUUUUGUAG